CGCGCAGCAGUGACCGCAGAUGCGAAGCCCCUUCCGACACAUGCGAGGGAGUCAAGCACACGCGGGCCUCAGCCCACGAGACGGGCAGAAGCGGGGUUCGCCGGACAGCUGCAGCACAGGAAGCAGCCGCAGAGGAAGAACUCGCUGGCCCGGAGCGCGGUCUGGGGGCGGGGCCGCCCGGGGAAGCUGCAGGGCCUCCAUCGCUGGGAGCUUUCCCGAGCCGCAGCAGAUUGGACAGACACUAGGCGGGGGUUUCAGCCAGGGACGAUCCCGCCUUGGGCAGGGGGCGGCCGAGACGCCCCUGCCGGUUCCGGGGAGCAGUGUUUCUCCGAGCGGCGCCUCCAGCAUCCUCAGCGCAGCUUCAGCACCGCCCCCCGGCACCGCCGGAACUGCCCGGCCCACUGCUUCCGGGGCGGGUCCGCGCACGUCUGCCGGGAGCGCACGCGGGCACGGGAGCCGGAGCCGGAGCCGCAGCCGGCGGGCUAUGCUCUGCAUUGUUAACAGAAACAAUCAUCUUGAGCUUGGUGAUAAGUGACCACUGACAAAAAAGAUGGAGGAAAAGGACAGAAAGAAGCAUCGCAAAAAAUACAGUGGGCCAAAGGCUGACAAAAAGAAGAAACGUCACUUGAAUGACUUAGGACUUGGAGAUGAAGAGGAUGCUCGGAAGAGGAAUCCAAAGGCCUUUGCAGUCCAGUCUUUUGUGCGGAUGGCCAGAACCUUUCACAGGACUCAGGACUUGAAAACAAAAAAGCAUCAUAUUCCAGUGGUGGACCGAACUCCCUUGGAGCCACCUCCUGUGAUUGUCGUUGUAGUUGGCCCUCCAAAAGUUGGGAAGAGCACCUUAAUAAAAUGUCUGAUUAAGAACUUCACAAGGCAGAAAUUGGUUGAAAUCCGGGGUCCUGUAACAAUUGUAUCAGGUAAAAAACGUAGGCUAACCAUUAUUGAAUGUGGAUGUGACAUUAACACAAUGAUUGAUCUUGCUAAAGUUGCUGAUUUGGUUCUAAUGCUCAUCGAUGCCAGCUUUGGAUUUGAGAUGGAAACGUUUGAAUUCUUGAACAUUUGCCAAGUACAUGGCUUUCCUAAAAUCAUGGGUAUCCUUACCCACUUAGAUACCUUCAAGAACAAUAAACAGUUAAAAAAGACCAAAAAGAGAUUAAAACAUAGAUUCUGGACUGAAGUAUAUCCGGGUGCUAAGCUCUUUUAUCUCUCUGGGAUGGUACAUGGAGAGUAUCAAAAGCAGGAAGUUCACAAUCUAGGACGCUUUAUCGCGGUUAUGAAAUUCCGCCCUCUCACAUGGCAGACAACUCAUCCGUAUGUCCUAAUGGACAGAGUGGAAGAUUUGACAAACCCAGAAGAUAUCAGAGUCAAUCCGAAGUGUGACAGGAAGGUGUCACUUUAUGGUUACUUAAGAGGGGCACACUUAAAAAACAAAACCCAGAUUCAUAUGCCAGGUGUAGGGGACUUUACAGUGAGUGAUGUCAGUUUCCUGCCAGACCCAUGUGCACUCCCUGAGCAGCAGAAGAAGCGUUCCUUAAACGAAAAAGAGAAACUGAUUUAUGCCCCACUAUCAGGAGUUGGCGGUGUAGUGUAUGACAAAGAUGCUGUUUAUAUUGACCUUGGCGGAAGUCAUGCUCAUCAAGAUGAAGAGGAGGAAGUGAGGCCAAACCAUGAACUUGUCCAAAGCCUCAUCUCUACCCAUUCCACCAUUGAUGCUAAGAUGGCUUCAAGCAAAGUGUCUCUCUUCAUGGACUCCAACCCAUUAGGCUCAGAAGAUUUGGAAAGCCAUGGCUUUGUGAUGCCAAAAGAAGAGAAGCAACUUGAUUUAAAGUCUGGGAGAAUACGUAGGAAAGCAGUGUUUGAAGAAAAAGAAAAUAGUGAUGGAGAAAGUGAUGAAGAGGAUGACCAAGAUGAAGAAAUGUCUGAGGAUGAAAUGGCUGGAAGUGAUAGUGAUGAGGAAGGUGAUGCUGAAGAAGGAAGUGAUAAAGAACUACCAGAACAAGAGGCAGAUCCCAGGAAUGUCAAGCGCCUGAAAAGAGAGGAGACCAAAGAAGAGACUGUAAUGGAAUUGCCAGCAUUUGCUGAUAGUGAUGAUGAUCUUGAGAUGAGCUCAGUAGAAGAAGGAGAAACAGGCCUGGAUGAAAGCAACAAAGAGACAGAUGAGGAAGAUGAACAGGAGAGUGAUGAGAAGGAAAGUUCAGACUGUGAUUCUGAAUCUGCAGACAAAAAAUUAGGUGAACCCACACCAUGUGAAACAAGCAAAGAAAGUAAAGAACUGAGAGGGAAUCAUAAACAAGGUCUCAAUUUGGAUAAAAAAGUGUUUUCCACUGUAGAUUCUGGAAACUGCACAGCUGAAGAGGUUUCUGAAUCUGAGUCUGAAAGCUCUUCCCUUGAUGAGGACGCAGAGGAGGAUGAAGAAGCUGAGGAAUUGCAUAGAAAAAGGGUUCAGAGUACUCAAGAGGUUAGUACUCUUAGGCAGGCUAAAUUGAAAGCUGUAGAAGAUGAUGAAAAUCUUCUGAAAGAGGAAGAGGAAUAUGAAGAGAAAACAGACUUUUCUGCAGACACAGCAGGUGCAGUUAGAUGGAAGGAGAAUCUUUCCCAAAAGGCAGCUCAUGCCUUUCUGAGACAACAGCAGUCAACUCCUAACCUUCGUAAACUUGUUUAUGGAACAGUGGCAGAGAAGGAAGAGGAUGACAAGGAUGAUGGAGAAGAAGAGCUUGGAGGGUUGUUCCAUGUCAGUCGUCCUGACAAAGAAUCCAAACUAAAGGCUAACGGCCUUGACUGUUCCAAAUUUGCAGUGGAAGUUCCCCAGGAUUGGGAUUUAGAAGAGGUUAUGAGCAGCAUUCGGGACUGCUUUGUAACAGGAAAAUGGGAAGCAGAUAAAGAUGCUGCAAAGCUCUUAGAGGAAGACGAAGAACUUUAUGGUGAUUUUGAGGACCUUGAAACAGGAGUUGUGCAUAAAGGGAGACCUGCUGUUGAAGAGGAUGAGGCUGUAAGUGAAGAAGAGGAGAAAGAAGAAAAAGAGCCCAAAGCAGAAGAGGAGGAAGAGAAGAAAAAGCGCUUGGACAAGAAACGCAAAUUAAAGGAAAUGUUUGAUGCUGAAUAUGAUGGAGGAGAUGCUACAUACUUUGAUGAUCUUAAAGGGGAGAUGCAGAGACAAGCACAGCUUAACCGAGCUGAAUUUGAAGAUCAAGAUGAUGAUGCCAGAGUGCAAUAUGAGGGCUUCCGGCCAGGGAUGUAUGUUCGAAUAGAAAUUGAAAAUGUCCCCUGUGAAUUUGUGCUGAAUUUUGACCCUCAGUAUCCAAUUAUCCUUGGUGGUUUAGGCAACAGUGAAGGAAAUGUAGGAUAUGUUCAGUUGCGUCUGAAGAAACAUCGUUGGUAUAAGAAGAUACUUAAAACCCGUGAUCCUUUAAUCCUCUCAUUGGGAUGGAGACGAUUUCAGACUAUUCCUAUGUACUAUGUUGAAGAUCACAAUGGGCGCCAUAGGCUUCUUAAAUAUACUCCACAACACAUGCACUGUGGAGCAACUUUUUGGGGCCCCAUCACUCCACAAGGGACAGGAUUUUUGGCUGUUCAGUCCGUCAGUGGUGCAACACCUGAUUUUCGGAUAGCUGCUACAGGAGUUGUGCUUGAUUUAGAUAAAUCCAUAACAGUUGUGAAGAAAUUAAAGCUGACUGGUUUCCCAUUCAAAAUUUACAAGAACACUUCAUUUAUUAAGGGAAUGUUUAACUCUCAGUUGGAAGUGGCAAAAUUUGAAGGUGCAGCCAUUCGCACUGUGAGUGGUAUUCGAGGGCAGAUCAAAAAGGCUCUUCGGACACCAGAAGGAGCUUUCAGGGCAACAUUUGAAGACAAGUUAUUAAUGAGUGACAUUGUUUUUCUGCGGACUUGGUAUCCUGUUUCCAUCCCAGCUUUCUAUAACCCGGUAACAUCCUUGCUAAAGCCAGCAGGUGAGAAAGACACCUGGACAGGAAUGAAGACAACUGGCCAACUGAGGCGUGAACGGGGUUUAAGAAUAAAGCAAAACAAAGAUUCCCUCUAUAAGCCCAUAGUGAGGGAGAAGAAGCAUUUCAAUAAGCUCCAUAUUCCUAAGGCACUUCAGAAGGCACUUCCAUUUAAGAACAAGCCUAAGAAUUAUGAGAAGAAAGCUAAGCUUUCAAAGGACCAGUGGAGACCAGCUGUUAUCAGAGAGCCUCAUGAAAAGAAGAUAUCAGCUCUGCUUAGUGCUUUGGGUACAGUGCACAAUUACAAAGUGAAGAAAGCCAAAUUAAAACAUCGUGAACAGCUUAAAGAAUACCUCAAAGUGAAGCGCAAGGAAGAGGAAGAGAAAUUUAAGAGACAAAAGGAAGCCAAGAAAAAGCUGUAUAGAAUUAUUGGACAAAAAGAGAAAAAGAGACAGAAGUCAAGCUUGAAAGGAUCUGCUGGGGGAGAGAAGUGACAUCAGAGCCCCAUUAGAAUCAUCUGGAAGAUAGCUAGCUAUGCAGCUUCCUGUUAAGACAGUCAAAAGACAGUAUCUACAACUGUGCCGUAGACUAAGUUGAACUUGCUUUGAAAGUGCAAGGAAAAUAAUGCAAACACUGACCUUGUUUAUGUUCCUAUCAUAUGGAAAUGUGUAUAAAUAAUAUUUUAAAUUACAAAUUUCUAGGUUUUUUCACUGUUAUACUGGAGAAUGUUGUAUUUCACAACAGUCAUCUUCACACAGUACACUGUGACCAUUAAAAGCCUUUUCGUGUUAAUUAGUGAAUAUCAUUAAUUUAUAAAUGGAUCACCUGGAUUUCAGUGGUUUGUCUUGGAUUAAGAUUUAAGGUUGUGUGAAUAAGAAUGUUUCAAUUUUU